CGGGGCUGGGGCUGGAGGAGGCAGCCACACGCGCGCACACGCACACGUUCAGAGGAGGGCGAGAGGCAGCGGCAUAAGCUCCAUCUGCAGUGUCAAUGCGGCGCUCCCGCUGAAGGAGGGAAACGCGGCGCGUCCAGUAGGGGAGACUGCAUUGCUGAGUCCUGGCCCUCGAAGGGGACGACGGUGCCUGAGUGCUGCUGUGCCGCUGGGACCCGCCUCUGCCAUGAAAGCCAUGCCCUGGAACUGGACCUGCCUGCUCUCCCACCUCCUCAUGGUGGGCAUGGGCUCCUCCACUCUGCUCACCCGGCAGCCAGCCCCGCUGUCCCAGAAGCAGCGGUCAUUUGUCACAUUCCGAGGGGAGCCCGCCGAGGGUUUCAAUCACCUGGUGGUGGAUGAAAGGACAGGACACAUUUACUUGGGGGCUGUCAAUCGGAUUUACAAGCUCUCCAGUGACCUGAAGGUCUUGGUGACGCAUGAGACAGGGCCGGACGAGGACAACCCCAAGUGUUACCCACCCCGCAUUGUCCAGACCUGUAAUGAGCCCCUGACCACCACCAACAAUGUCAACAAGAUGCUCCUCAUAGACUACAAGGAGAACAGGCUGAUUGCCUGUGGGAGCCUAUACCAAGGCAUCUGCAAGCUGCUGAGGCUGGAGGACCUCUUCAAGCUGGGGGAGCCUUAUCAUAAGAAGGAGCACUAUCUGUCAGGUGUCAACGAGAGCGGCUCGGUCUUUGGAGUGAUCGUCUCCUACAGCAACCUGGAUGACAAGCUGUUCAUUGCCACGGCAGUGGAUGGGAAGCCCGAGUAUUUUCCCACCAUCUCCAGCCGGAAACUGACCAAGAACUCUGAGGCAGAUGGCAUGUUCGCGUACGUCUUCCAUGAUGAGUUUGUGGCCUCGAUGAUUAAGAUCCCUUCGGACACCUUCACCAUCAUCCCUGAUUUUGAUAUCUACUAUGUCUAUGGUUUUAGCAGUGGCAAUUUUGUCUACUUUUUGACCCUCCAACCUGAGAUGGUGUCUCCACCAGGCUCCACCACCAAGGAGCAGGUGUACACAUCCAAGCUCGUGAGGCUUUGCAAGGAGGACACAGCCUUCAACUCCUAUGUAGAGGUGCCCAUUGGCUGUGAGCGCAGUGGGGUGGAGUAUCGCCUGCUGCAGGCUGCCUAUCUGUCCAAAGCGGGGGCCGUGCUUGGCAGGACCCUUGGAGUCCAUCCAGAUGAUGACCUGCUCUUCACCGUCUUUUCCAAGGGCCAGAAGCGGAAAAUGAAAUCCCUGGAUGAGUCGGCCCUGUGCAUCUUCAUCUUGAAGCAGAUCAAUGACCGCAUUAAGGAGCGGCUGCAGUCUUGUUACCGGGGCGAGGGCACGCUGGACCUGGCCUGGCUCAAGGUGAAGGACAUCCCCUGCAGCAGUGCGCUCUUAACCAUUGAUGAUAACUUCUGUGGCCUGGACAUGAAUGCCCCCUUGGGAGUGUCCGACAUGGUGCGCGGGAUUCCCGUCUUCACGGAGGACAGGGACCGCAUGACGUCUGUCAUCGCAUAUGUCUACAAGAACCACUCUCUGGCCUUUGUGGGCACCAAAAGUGGCAAGCUGAAGAAGAUCCGGGUGGAUGGACCCAGGGGCAACGCCCUCCAGUAUGAGACAGUGCAGGUGGUGGAUCCCGGCCCGGUCCUCCGGGAUAUGGCCUUCUCCAAGGACCACGAGCAACUCUACAUCAUGUCAGAGAGGCAGCUCACCAGAGUCCCUGUGGAGUCCUGUGGUCAGUAUCAGAGCUGCGGCGAGUGCCUUGGCUCGGGUGACCCUCACUGUGGCUGGUGUGUGCUGCACAACAUUUGCACCCGGAAGGAGCGGUGUGAGCGGUCCAAGGAGCCCCGCAGGUUUGCCUCGGAGAUGAAGCAGUGUGUCCGGCUGACGGUCCAUCCCAACAAUAUCUCCGUCUCUCAGUACAACGUGCUGCUGGUCCUGGAGACGUACAAUGUCCCGGAGCUGUCGGCUGGCGUCAACUGCACCUUUGAGGACCUGUCAGAGAUGGAUGGGCUGGUGGUGGGCAAUCAGAUCCAGUGCUACUCCCCUGCAGCCAAGGAGGUGCCCCGGAUCAUCACAGAGAAUGGGGACCACCAUGUUGUACAGCUUCAGCUCAAAUCAAAGGAGACCGGCAUGACCUUCGCCAGCACCAGCUUUGUCUUCUACAAUUGCAGCGUCCACAAUUCGUGCCUGUCCUGCGUGGAGAGUCCAUACCGCUGCCACUGGUGUAAAUACCGGCAUGUCUGCACCCAUGACCCCAAGACUUGCUCCUUCCAGGAAGGCCGAGUGAAGCUGCCCGAGGACUGCCCCCAGCUGCUGCGAGUGGACAAGAUCCUGGUGCCUGUGGAGGUGAUCAAGCCUAUCACGCUGAAGGCCAAGAACCUCCCCCAGCCCCAGUCUGGGCAGCGUGGCUACGAAUGCAUCCUCAACAUCCAGGGCAGUGAGCAGCGGGUGCCCGCCCUGCGCUUCAACAGCUCCAGCGUACAGUGCCAGAACACCUCUUAUUCCUAUGAAGGCAUGGAGAUCAACAACCUGCCCGUGGAGUUGACAGUCGUGUGGAAUGGGCACUUCAACAUUGACAACCCAGCUCAGAAUAAAGUUCACCUCUACAAGUGUGGAGCCAUGCGCGAGAGCUGCGGGCUGUGCCUCAAGGCUGACCCAGACUUCGCAUGUGGCUGGUGCCAGGGCCCGGGCCAGUGCACCCUGCGCCAGCACUGCCCUGCCCAGGAGAGCCGGUGGCUGGAGCUGUCUGGUGCCAACAGCAAGUGCACGAACCCCCGCAUCACAGAGAUAAUCCCAGUGACAGGCCCCCGGGAAGGGGGCACCAAGGUCACUAUCCGAGGGGAGAACCUGGGCCUGGAAUUUCGCGACAUUGCCUCCCAUGUCAAGGUUGCUGGCGUGGAGUGCAGCCCUUUGGUGGAUGGUUACAUCCCUGCAGAACAGAUCGUAUGUGAGAUGGGGGAGGCCAAGCCCAGCCAGCAUGCAGGCUUCGUGGAGAUCUGUGUGGCUGUGUGUCGGCCUGAAUUCAUGGCCCGGUCCUCGCAGCUCUAUUACUUCAUGACACUGACUCUCUCAGAUCUGAAGCCCAGCCGGGGGCCCAUGUCCGGGGGGACCCAAGUGACCAUCACAGGCACCAACCUGAAUGCCGGAAGCAACGUGGUGGUGAUGUUCGGAAAGCAGCCCUGUCUCUUCCACAGGCGAUCUCCAUCCUACAUUGUCUGCAACACCACGUCCUCAGAUGAGGUGCUAGAGAUGAAGGUGUCGGUACAGGUGGACAGGGCCAAAAUCCACCAGGACCUGGUCUUUCAGUAUGUGGAAGACCCCACCAUCGUGCGGAUUGAGCCAGAAUGGAGCAUCGUCAGUGGAAACACACCCAUCGCCGUAUGGGGGACCCACCUGGACCUCAUACAGAACCCCCAGAUCCGUGCCAAGCAUGGAGGGAAGGAGCACAUCAAUAUCUGUGAGGUUCUGAAUGCUACUGAGAUGACUUGCCAGGCGCCCGCCCUCGCUCUGGGUCCUGACCACCAGUCAGACCUGACCGAGAGGCCCGAGGAGUUUGGCUUCAUCCUGGACAAUGUCCAGUCCCUGCUCAUCCUCAACAAGACCAACUUCACCUACUAUCCCAACCCGGUGUUUGAGGCCUUUGGUCCCUCAGGAAUCCUGGAGCUCAAGCCUGGCACACCCAUCAUCCUAAAGGGCAAGAACCUGAUCCCGCCUGUGGCUGGGGGCAACGUGAAGCUGAACUACACUGUGCUGGUUGGGGAGAAGCCGUGCACCGUGACCGUGUCGGAUGUCCAGCUGCUCUGCGAGUCCCCCAACCUCAUCGGCAGGCACAAAGUGAUGGCCCGUGUCGGUGGCAUGGAAUACUCCCCGGGGAUGGUGUACAUCGCCCCGGACAGCCCGCUCAGCCUGCCCGCCAUCGUCAGCAUCGCGGUGGCUGGCGGCCUCCUCAUCAUUUUCAUCGUGGCCGUGCUCAUUGCCUAUAAACGCAAGUCCCGCGAAAGUGACCUCACGCUGAAGCGGCUGCAGAUGCAGAUGGACAACCUGGAGUCCCGCGUGGCCCUGGAGUGCAAGGAAGCCUUUGCCGAGCUGCAGACGGACAUCCAUGAGCUGACCAGUGACCUGGAUGGAGCCGGGAUUCCGUUCCUGGACUACAGAACCUAUACCAUGCGGGUGCUGUUCCCAGGAAUUGAAGACCACCCUGUCCUCCGGGACCUCGAGGUCCCGGGCUACCGGCAGGAGCGUGUGGAGAAAGGCCUGAAGCUCUUCGCCCAGCUCAUCAACAACAAGGUGUUCCUGCUGUCCUUCAUCCGCACGCUCGAGUCCCAGCGUAGCUUCUCCAUGCGCGACCGUGGCAAUGUGGCCUCGCUCAUCAUGACCGUGCUGCAGAGCAAGCUGGAGUAUGCCACUGAUGUGCUGAAGCAGCUGCUGGCCGACCUCAUUGACAAGAACCUGGAGAGCAAGAACCACCCCAAGCUGCUGCUCAGGAGGACUGAGUCAGUGGCUGAGAAGAUGCUGACCAAUUGGUUCACUUUCCUCCUCUACAAGUUCCUCAAGGAGUGUGCCGGGGAGCCCCUCUUCUCCCUGUUCUGUGCCAUCAAGCAGCAGAUGGAGAAGGGCCCCAUUGACGCCAUCACGGGUGAGGCCCGCUACUCCUUGAGUGAGGACAAGCUCAUCCGCCAGCAGAUUGACUACAAAACCCUGGUCCUGAGCUGUGUCAGCCCAGACAGUGCCAACAGCCCCGAGGUCCCAGUAAAGAUCCUAAACUGUGACACCAUCACUCAGGUUAAGGAGAAGAUUCUGGAUGCCAUCUUCAAGAAUGUGCCUUGCUCCCAUCGGCCCAAAGCUGCAGAUAUGGAUCUGGAGUGGCGACAAGGAAGUGGGGCAAGGAUGAUCUUGCAAGAUGAAGACAUCACCACCAAGAUUGAGAAUGAUUGGAAGCGACUGAACACACUGGCCCACUACCAGGUACCAGAUGGUUCCGUGGUGGCAUUAGUGUCCAAGCAGGUGACAGCUUAUAACACAGUGAACAACUCCACUGUCUCCAGGACCUCAGCGAGUAAAUAUGAAAACAUGAUCCGGUACACGGGCAGCCCUGACAGCCUCCGCUCACGGACACCUAUGAUCACUCCUGACCUGGAGAGUGGAGUCAAGAUGUGGCACCUAGUGAAGAACCACGAGCACGGAGACCAGAAGGAGGGGGACCGAGGGAGCAAGAUGGUGUCUGAAAUCUACCUGACCCGACUCCUGGCCACUAAGGGCACACUGCAGAAGUUUGUGGAUGACCUCUUUGAGACCAUCUUCAGCACAGCACACCGUGGCUCUGCCCUGCCCCUGGCCAUCAAGUACAUGUUUGACUUCCUGGAUGAGCAGGCUGAUAAGCAUGGCAUUCAUGACCCGCACGUCCGCCAUACCUGGAAGAGCAAUUGCCUGCCCCUAAGGUUUUGGGUCAACAUGAUCAAGAACCCACAGUUUGUGUUUGACAUCCAUAAGAACAGCAUCACGGACGCCUGCCUCUCUGUGGUGGCUCAGACCUUCAUGGACUCUUGCUCCACGUCAGAGCACCGACUGGGCAAGGACUCGCCCUCCAACAAGCUGCUGUAUGCCAAGGACAUCCCCAGCUACAAGAACUGGGUGGAGAGGUAUUACUCGGACAUAGGCAAGAUGCCAGCCAUCAGCGACCAAGACAUGAAUGCAUACCUGGCUGAGCAGUCCCGGAUGCACAUGAAUGAGUUCAAUACCAUGAGUGCACUCUCAGAGAUCUUCUCCUACGUGGGCAAAUACAGCGAGGAGAUCCUUGGACCUCUGGACCGCGACGACCAGUGUGGGAAGCAGAAACUGGCCUACAAACUAGAACAAGUCAUAACCCUCAUGAGCUUAGACAGCUGAGAACCAUCCUUCCAGGGCCGCCCUGGAGGGGGACACACCAAGCCGUGCCUCAGUCUAGAUUAUCAUCUUUACCAAGUGCAAGUUCCGACUGGCAUCAGCAGCAUCCCCUGAGCAGCGCUGUUUCUCUCUUUCUGCCUCUUUCCGUUUCUCUCUCCUUCCUGGAUCUCUUCUCUUCCAGUUGCUCUGCCAACACGAUUGGACCAAGCCACUGACCCUCAAUUAGUCCAAGAAUGGCCAGGCCCAUGGCAAGGGAGCUGACCAGAAGAUGUCAGAGGGGCCUCUGUCUCCCAGGUGCUCCUGACCCCGUGCAUGUCAGCAGCAGGGUGCAAAUAUGGAUGAAGAGCCAGGGACAGGGGACGUUUCUGUGCUGCUACUUCGCCUUCCACUUUGGCAGCCCCCGCUUCGGUCUGAGCCUUGGCCUAGGGAAGAGGCAAGGAAGGAGUUCAGUAUUAUCUUUACUGGGAAGACAUCACCUGGCUCACCCUUCCCACAGUUCCAUCUCCAGUGGUUCAGCCAGUGGUCUGAUCACUUUGCAGCUGUGAGAAGAAAGGCCAAACCUCCUGCAUGUGGCUGGAGCAGGGCAUGUGUGAGCAGCUGGGAGGUGCUCCUUGAGGCUCCCUCUCCCCCACUGGUCUGGUGUCCAGAGGCUUCCUGUCCUCUUCCAGGUCUCCAGAGGGACCUGCCUGCCCUGCCUGCUCCCCUGCCAGUAGAAAGCCAGGCAGGAGAAAGAAUAGCAAUUACAUUCCACCAUGGAGAUUCUCCUAACCUUUUCAUCUGAAUCCUAGCAGCAGAAAUGUAACACAGAGGGGGAGAAAAGGAAAGAGAGUUGCAUCUACCCUGGAAGCAGAAUUUGUUUUCCAUUUACCCCCAAAUUCAAAUGAGUCACAAUCAUAGUCAUAGGUCUAGUCCAUUACCAGAGCCCUGAGUGCUGUCAAGAGAAAGCAUCUAUCUCCACCCUCCUUUGUCACCUUUCAUCAAGGGUCAACGUGAAAUGCAGAGUGCAUCUAGGAGAUUCUACCUCCAGCCAUCUCCAUGGCUCCAUCCCCACCAUCCUUCCUGAGAACUCCAUAGACGGCUGGGGCCAACAGCCUAGUCCCUGUUCCCUCUGCAGAAUCUGGUGCCAUUGCUAUGCAGAUGACUUCGUCACUGGGCUGUCCAGACCUCUUUGGGAAUGAUUUCCUCAACAUCUCAGCUGUCUCUUUCAUCAUUCUCCUUCCUCAUCUCUUCAGCAGUCAUCCUUGAAAGAAACAGACUUAAGCACAGCCUCACGGAGACAGCCCAAAAUGCCAGCCAACCUCAGCAUCCAGCUUGUCAGGUCUGGGAGGGACAAAGAGUCGAGCUGAUGGGCCUGGCUGGAAUUGAGAAGAGGAACAUACAAAUGACCUCGGCCUUGGCAUCCAUCUCCCCAUCUGUUCUUACAUCUACAGAUGCACCAUUUUAGCCAGGCAGGCAAAUGUGUGCCUAGAAAUGGAUACUAGGUAAGCAGAGGCUAUGGGGAGAGAUGGUCUAAUGGAGGGUUCUAGGAACCUUUCAUCCUAAGGAGACCUUAGGUGCUGUCUGGUCCGGUCUCCCACCCUAAGCAGGAGUCUCUGUUGGCACCUCUGCUCUGGAGUUGUUCACCACUAUGGGAUACAAGGAGAAAUAUCAUCUUAGGUGAGGUUGAGGAGAAGGAUUCAGAGUCUUGCCUUCACUCCCCAAACAUCAGACAUCGUUCCUUGUCACUCACUCAGAAUGAGCCACCCUUGGGGAAGAAACCACACCAUUUCCAGCAAGUCCAUGGAGCAUCCGGUACUUUUAAGAACACUUGCCCCUUUGGAUAUGAAUAUGUGCACAUGUGUGUGAGCGCAUGUGUGUGUGUGUCUGCCCCAGGUGUAGGCAGAAAGCUCAAAAGGAUUCCUUGUCCUUUGUAGAAGGAUUUUUGAAGUGUUCCCCUUCUCUUUCCCCUUGCUCAUCCAUUCAUCCUGCAGCUUCAGGACAUUUCAACACUUACUUGCUUUCUAUGCUGAGAGCUGGUGGGUGGAAGGAGAGGGCACUUGUCCAUAGGAAAUCAGGGUGGUCACCUGCCGAGGCCUGGACCUCGGAACGGGGCAUCAUGUGACAUCGCAGAGGACAGAUGGUGGAAAAGACAUGAGCAACCUAACGGGAAGACGAAAAUGGGAAACAAUGCAUUGGAAGAGGAAGAAAAAAAAAUAACCAAAGGUUUUGGCAAGUGCAGUACCAAGUGGAGAAGCUUGGCUUUUCUAUCCUUGAUCAUUUUAUUCCCUCCCAAGAAGUCAGUCACAGGACCUGGAAGGCCAGAAAGGGUGCAUGUGGGAGAUGGUCUGAGGAAGUACCUCGGUCACUACAAUAUUUUUGCACAUAUAAAGGGUUGGGGAGGAAAGAGACAUGAACGUAUUUAACACAGAUUUGCUGGAUGGAAGCUGCGUGUGUGAACGCGUGGAUGAGUGAGUGCGUUUUGAUUUUUUUUUUUUUUUUUUUUUUGCACAGUUAGGAGAAAAAAAAUCGAACAAGCAGAAAAGAAAAAAAGACUUACUUAUCACAGUUCUGCUGAAGCUUUUAUUUUUUACCAGAUGAUUAUUGUUAUUGUUACUUUGGCGGUACAGGACUUUAUUUUUUUCCAUGUUUUUGUUAUAAGAAAAACUUCAAACACCUCAGAGAAAUAGAAAGGUUAGGAAGAAAGAGAAGACAAGGACAGACAAAUUUUCUGGCUGUCCCCAUUUCUCCUGGGGGAGGGGUUUGGGUCCAGUUUGACUUUAAUUGGUGGGUGGGUUGUUUCUGUCACUGUUUGCUGCAGUCCCCAUGGCCUGCUUGGGGACUGAGAAAUCCGAGCCAGGUAUCCAGAGCCACAGCCCACCUUGCUUAUAAAAAUUAUCUUUUCUUUUGCUGUUGUUUGUUUUCCAUUUCUUCCGUUUGGAUUCUUGGUGCACGUGUGAUAUGGUGUUUAAAAGCAAAGACAAGCAACAUUGUCAAAAAGCUGUCCUUGCCCCCCCCAUCCCCACCAAAUCUUUUUUCCUAACUCCCCCAGGGAUCUUCCUUACCCCACUGGCCGAGCAAACAUCCAGGGGCUGCCCAUGUGGCUUGCGGGCUCCCAGAGAAAGGAAUUGGGCCGACUUGGUCCUGUGGGAUGGAGGCCCCUUCACGGCCUCCCUCGAGGCAAAGUUAAUUUGUAGGGUCACCAUUAUGUUGAGUCCUGGGCAGACAGAAGGAGAGAAAAGGCCUUCUUCCUUACCUUCCCCUCCAACUCAUCCCGUACCCUCCCAGGGAAAAUGGUACCAGACUGAGCCAUCAAAAUCACUGACAAAGUUUAGGUGGGGAUUUUUGCAUUUUGGAGAGAGAAGGGCUUAAGGUAGCAGGGAAGAAGGGGGCUUUGUGGGGUCCUAAAUUUUAAGGAAUAAGUAGAGGAAGACAAGAAACAGAGCGGUAGACUGGUCAUUUCUCCUGGGCACAAGUCCCCCCAGAUGCAGCUUUUGCCCAUUCUUUGUCCUUCCCCAUAAAGAGAGACCCUGACAUUUCUUGGUAGCCGCAAAUAGUGCCAGUAAGUGAAGGCGGCCAUCGUGCCAGUUACUUCCUCAGGAAAAUAUUUUCUUGCCUUCUUCUUUCAAUAUGGUUUUAAAUUUGGGGACAGAGGAUAACCCAAGUGUCCUACAGGCCAAGGUACAUUCCAAUGGCAGCAUGAUCCCUGCACGCAAAGCCAGCCCCUAGAGCCUCCCCAUUGUGCACCUGCAGCCUGGUAAGUGAGCUUGGGUGCUUGUGAGGAGCUACGGGUGAAAGAGAAGUCAUUUUAAAUAAAUCCCAAAGUUUGAGGCAGACUGUCCAGGACUGUUCCCAGGAAGAAGCAGGAGUUACCCACAGGAAAGGUCUCUGACCUGGUCCCCUCAGGCCCAGCUACCUGUGCCCACCAGCAGUGAAAGUUGAUGUACUGGCCCAGCAUCUCCACCUCCCCCACAAAACCAGGUCCCUGGUACCGUGUCUCCCGUUGCAUGUCUGGCUUCUGCCUGUGCUCCUCCUGCCGCGAGCAUCCUCCUUGUCCCUCCUCAUUCCACCCUGCCUCUCCUGCACACAUAGCCUCUAUCCCAGGGCGAUUUAUCCACUUGAGUACAGGAGCUGCUCAGACCUCUCAGCCCAGCCCUCUGUGACUGCCCCAGCCCCCCGUCCCACCCCGCCCAAAGCUGCCUUCCUGGCUGUAGGGGCUCCCUCGUCUGGCCAAGGCCCUGUGGGUCCCCAUCUGAGGAUCCACAAGCAAUGACUUCCCAAAUGACCUCCACUGCAAGAAGAAUCCUCACCACUGUUUCCAGAGCCGUGAACGAUGCUGUGAUGGGCCCACGUCUCAGCACCACCCUGUGUGACCUAAAAAGAAAAGCUCAAUUUCCAUCUGUCUUCUUUCCCAGGGCCAAGAGGACACAGUAACAUGAAGUCAAAUACUUAACCGAGCGAAGGGCCAGUAUUGUUAUCAGUCAAGGACAAACCUCCCACCUCACAGACAGCCAAGCAGUGAGGGAAAGACAGACACAGGUAGGAAGGUGCUGUGCAGGCACAAGGCCCAGAGAAGCCCCUCUCCGGGAACUUCCCCUGCUCCUUCCAGGAACAGUGAGCCCAGUAAGCAGCCCCAGCCAGCUCUUCAAGGCCUUCAAGGGGUCUUUCCAUGACUGAGUCACCUCCAGGAGCUCACCUGGCCCCCAGAGAAGACCCACCCCAGGCAUCUCAGUGCCCUGGCUUCUCCCCAUGCCCCAAAUCCCCCCAGCCAUCCCUCCUGGUCCUCGUCUACAUCAAGGGCCUCUUCCCCUCUUCCUGCCAGCUCUCAGGACAGGUGACUGGGAGGCCUUGACCCCUCAGCCUCUUCCUUUAAAAAACAAAACUGUGGGCCAUUUAUUUGGGAUUUUGGCGUUGUUUGGUUUUUGUUUGUAUAUCUUAGUAGUUCGAGAGUAAGAAGGGAGCCCUGCUAUGGAUGUUAAGUCCAAAUUACUUGGUUGGUGGGAGCAAAACCUAUGACUUCCAAGGGGAUGAGGAGAGCCUCAGAGGACAGGAGGAGCCUCCCCCAUUAAAAAAAAAAAUGGGUCAGGACAUUCCCUGGAUGAGGACAAUGCUAGGGGUGGCAUCUCACAUGGCUGCUGCUAUUCCUGGUGCUUCCCCGUGCUUUUGACAGAUGGAGUCCUUCUACCGCCUCCUGCCACCUCACCCUACAGGCAUUCUCUGUGUAGGAAACAAGAGCCUUAUUUUCUAGAGUGGGGAGCUGAGACACAGCCCCAGGUAACACUGACACAGCUCCCGAGUGAGGCUGGGACACUCUGCAAACCUCUCCUCAUGGUGCUGAGGGUGGCAUGCUCUUGACAGGAAACCUAAAUGACCACUCCUCUCAUUUGGAAAGUAAUCCACUGCAGUAAAAGUUUCAGACAUGCAAGAGAGAGUUUUUGUUACUACAAAUUUUUGCUCUCCCACAAAUUUUUUUUUUACUAGAGGGAGUAUCCAAGGUUUAAAAGUAUAUAGGAUUUUUUGGUUGUAAAAGAAAUACAUACUCAUCAGGAUCCCAAUUAAAUGCCUUGAGUAGACUGGUGACUACCAGAAAGCAAAGCAAAGUUAAACAAAAUGAAACAAAAUCCUUCAUAUACAAAAAGAACUUUCUGUUUGUAUUGGCAGAGGUAGUGAGGUGGUUCAGUUAGGCUGAAAAUCCUGGGUUGGGGGAGCCUCACCUUAUUCCAUUCCCACCGCCUUUGAUGUCUAUGCUUGGCUCUCUGGGCUGCCCCUGGUACUGCCGAAUCCUACACAUCUCUUAUCAGCUUUCCUCAGACUUUAGGGAGGCUCUAUUAGGGACGGGUCAUGGGAAGACCCAAGUUUUCCCUCCGCCAGGAUUGCAAAAGCAAGUAGACUUUGUCUAUGCAGCUCAUCUUCCACCAAUUUCUUUAUGUGGAAUUAGAACUUCCUUUGUUAGUAUCUUUGAUCUUUUGACUCAAGCACAUUUUGGAAGGUCUCCCUUACAAGAGUAGAAUUUAAAACAGAGGACACAGUUAAAGAGCAACCCCAAGGACACUUAAGAAACCAAGACCAUUUCACCAAACAGGACUAAUGAACACUUUCGUGCACAGAGAUCAGCCGCAAUCCAGGCACAGGACGAAGAUGGGAUACAUCUGUCUGUCCUCAUCUGUGCUCAUCUGUCUGUCCUUUCCUCUCCCUCCCCAAUGUUCUCGUUAGUUUGUUGACUUGUUAAACCUUCUGUUCUUAAAAAUGAAAAGCUAGCUUACCUCAAAGAAUCUUGUUUCCAUUCGGAAACCAAUGAUUUUGUGUUUUAGAAUGGACAGCCCUCCCGUCACCACUCCCUACCUUGGCCUGGUGUCCUUGAGACAUGCGGUCUUUGCUUAGUCGUGUGUUGGCUGCUUUGAGCAGGAACAAGGCCUCCAGGCCCCGAGGUGGGAAGGAAGGAUUGGAUGCCACUGCCCUCCUCCCCACUUUAGCAUGCAGGGGCCAGUCCAUCUCUUCCAGCAGGGUCCUGCCGAGUUACCAUAGCAACCAGCAACUCCAGGGUACCACAACAGACAAUGGCUCAGCUAGCCAACAUGUGGGGGUGAUGCAGGGGUUUUGGCCCAGCCAGAUGACCCAGAGUUGAGCUUCAAAUGCUAGAGGAGAAGGGGAGAAACAGGAUGGAAGCGUGGUUUAAGGAACCGGCAGAGGUCUUUGAGUCACAUAGAGAAGCUGUUGAAGGAGGUAGGGCAGGUUAUCUCUGUUCCAGUCACCCCCUUCCAGCCCCAUCCCACUUCUGUUUCAAACUAAAGCUCCCACCUCGAACAUUGACCCUUUGUUAGAACAAAGCAAAACAUAUCUUUAGACAACAGUGUUAAAAUGAGCCUCAAAUAUAUGUGGAUGAGACCUCUAAGAAGAGGGUCUUAUGGUUUUGAUUUUUAAAGAAGAGUAUCCUAGUAAGAUAUUUAAAAAAAGGAUUAAAAAAAGUUUUUAAAAAGGAAACCUAUGCUAUUUAAAUUGGAGCCCAGUUGUAACUUGGUAAAGGCAAGCUUCUGUACCUUUGUUAUAAUUAAUUGUAUACCUGUGUAUGUAAAUAUAAGGCAUUCCUAUUUUGCAGUUCAGAACAAAAAAAAACUUAUUUGUAAUAUAGAAUAAAGUUUAUUAAAAAAUAAUAAAAAUGCA